UCAGCACCGGACAAAGCAGCAAGGAGUGGUUUCUGUGAAGAAGAAAGCCGUCCCCGAUCAAUGGAACAGACCCAAACACUGAAAGAAAACACCCCACACAUCCACCCGCAGUCCCGACGGUGUUUCCAUUCCGGUUUUUACGUCUUGUUUCCCCGGAGGAGGAGAAUGAACCGCUCCGGGAAAUAGCGUCGCCUUCAUCGGACAGAAGAAAGAGAGUCACCGCUGGACGGGCUGAGGGUCCGUUUUCUUUUUUUUAACUUUCUUCUCCUAACAUGAGCUGUGCCUGAAAAAGCUGACCCGCCGUUCGAAAUCACCGCAGAUGACCAUGCCGUCCGUCCUGAUGUCCCUCCUGAUUCUGGCCGUCCAGGCGAUGGCUGUGAUAUCUGCGAUGGAGUUGCAAGUUCCGGACCAGCCGCUGGUGGCGCGGCAUGGCAGAGACGUCGUACUCAACUGCUCCUUCAGCCACGCCAGCCCCUUCAACCUGUCUGAUCUGAGCGUCUUUUGGCAGCUGACGGACACCAAACGCAGCGUGCACGGGUACUGGGAGGGACAGGACCAGCUGGCCGACCAGGCGGAGAGCUUCGCCAACCGCACCAGCUUGUUCCCCGCCCAGCUGGGCAUGGGCAACGCUUCGCUCCUGCUAAGCAGGGUGGCGGUGGCUGACGAAGGCAGCUAUACCUGCUUUGUCAGGGUUCAGGACUACGGCAGCGCCGCUCUGCUGCUGCAGGUGGCCGCUCCCUACUCGAAACCCGUGGUAACUGUAGAGCCCGAGUCCAACUGGCGCCCGGGUGACCAGGUGGCGCUGACCUGCGAGGCCUACGGCGGGUAUCCGGUGGCCGACGUCAUAUGGCAGGACGGCAUCGGGCGCAACCUGACGGACAAUAUCACCACCUCACUGGUGGCUAAUGAGGAAGGCCUGUUCACUAUGACCAGUGUGCUGACAGCCGUGUUGGAGCCCAACAACACUUACAGCUGCCGACUGAUCAACCCACUGCUGGGCGAGGAGGGCAACGCCGUCGUCUCCAUCACAGGUCAGAACAUCGCGUUCCCCCCAGUGGCUCUGUGGGUAACUGUUGGCCUGGCCGUGUGUCUGCUGGUGCUGCUUGUUGCCCUGGCUGCCGUCUGCCGCAGGAAGAUCAAGGAGAGCUGCGAGGAGGCCAGGAGGGAAGCUGAAGAGGCCAAGGAGCUGGAGGAAGAGGAGUCAAAGACAGCCAUGACACCUCUGAAAAGCUAAAGUCAAGAGAAUCAAGGAGUCGGGGCCAGAUGAGGGAGCCGGCGGUGGAGGUGGAGGUGGAGGGAGGCGGAGGAGAUGAGUCUGGUGGGUAAUCCCACUCCACCUAUCCAUCAACAUGGAGACUAUUUCCAGCGUCCCCUACAGAAUGUCAAAGCCUCGCUGAGCAGAAGAUGAGUCCAUCAUCCUCUUUCCAAGACUUUCCCUCGAGUUUCCAUCAAAACACAUAAACACAUCAUGUGCCAUUAUUUCCUUUUCGCCCUACCUUCCCUUCUAUUUUUUUUUUUUUUUUUUUUCCGUCCACUGCGGGAUGAAGAAAAGCAGCGGCGAGCGCGGUUGAGUGGGUUGCGUUGCGCGAGGUUAUGUAGAGGAGACGCCGUGUUUGGAAAGUGACAGGACGUGACAGGAUCUCCUCUCCGUCGCCGACGUCGCUCCGUGCGGGCCGUGACGGGGCAUGUGCCAGAGAUCUGUCUAAUAGGAAGCGAGACACUUAAAGAGAUGACCCCGCCUCGGCUCCCAUCACCGUCUCUCUGCCAGGGAGCAAGCUUGGCUCUUCCCAUUACUCCUGCGCUUGCUAAUUAGCGUCUGUCGCUGGAGUAACUUGUACCUGUCAGUGUGCGCCGCUCUCCUAUAUCCAGUAAGUUGAGGGAAUUGAAAUUGAAUGCCAGCUAAGCUCCAACAAACUGCAAAUGGUGCAUGGGAUACACCCCCGAUUUUCCCACUGACCCGACAGCCUUAUGAGUUAGAAAUUGUUUUUAAUGAACACAGACGAUCUCAGCUGGUUUCCUGCGGCUGGUGUGGAAUGUUUCAUCUCUUCCAGGAGGGGUGACGGGGAUGGGGGGGGGGGGGGGGGUCUUCAUGUGUUUUAUUGCCUCCGCCCCAUUUUUUUUUAUUACAUACUCAAGCAACUACCGUACCUGUGUCUUAUGUCUACGUAUGAUUGCCAAAGCCAGAUUUGUGAGAAAACCCUAUGCCUAUUUACAUUAA